UCACCAAAGAGAAACAGAGAGAGAGAGAGAGACCCAUUUUCUUUUUACUUCUUUUCAUAUUUAAGGAAGCAAUCGAGGCGGGUGUUAUUCAUCGUGUGCGUUAAUCAAGACAAGGCCCUACCAUUAAUCCCUCAAACAAAAAUCACUGUUUUGAUCAACCAUCAUUACGCUUAGGGAAUUGAGUAGUUCUGUUUUCAUUAUUUUCCUAGGAAUCUAAACCAGAAUUUUGCAUUGUCCAUCACCAAUUCACAUUAGAAGCACGUAUCUUCCCACUUUUUUUUUUUCCUUCUGGAUCUUCAUUUUUCGUUGUUCCAUUAAAAAAUUAUGUUCUCUCUUUCAUAAUUCAGUUGAAUUUUGAUUCGCAGAUUUGGUGGAAUAGACCCUGAAGCAUCCUGUUUCCGGAAACACGUACAGAAUAUAUAUAUAUCGAGGAUUGUUAGGACCAACCUUACUAGUUUGAGAUUGAGACGUAGUUAUUGUUAUAUGCCGAAUUAUUCUCGGGAAACAAGAGCAACUUUCAAGAAUGUGCCUCUGAAGAUCUGAUCCCCUGUUGGAGGCCGAUCUGUUUGAAACUAGAAGAGGUUUGGGUUUAAAAAAGUUGAAUUACCAAACUUUUGGGAAUUCAGUUGAAUUCUGCUGUACAGAGUGCAAUUUAGUCCUUGUUGUUUCUCAAACACUGAAUUCUGGUUUCAAUGGAGCUGCCUCAAUCCAGGCCUUUUGCAACAGAAGGGGGGAAAAGGACGCAUGAUUUUCUUUCACUGUAUUCUUCACCUAUUGAACAAGAUCCAAGACCUUCGCAAGGUGGCUACCUAAAAACUCAUGAUUUCUUGCAACCUCUGGAACAAGCAAGGAAGACAGUUGGGAAAGAAGAAAAUAAAGUUGAGGUAGCUAUAGAAAAGCCUCCUUCAGCAGAACACAUUCUUCCUGGUGGCAUUGGCACCUAUAGCAUUUCUUAUUUGCAGCAAAGGGUUCCAAAGCCAGAAGCAGAUACAUUUGCUGUUACACAGGCUAGUAGUACUGAUAGAGACGAUAGAAACUCAAACUGCAGUUCUUACUCGGGCAGUGGUUUCACACUAUGGAAUGAAUCUGCCAUAAAAAAGGGAAAGACAGGGAAGGAGAAUUUCACUGGAGAUAGACAUGUUGUUAGAGCAGGUGUGAAUAUUGGAGCAGGGGAACUCACGACCUCAUUGGAACGGCAAUCACAGUUGUCUUCAAAUCAUAAUCAUAACACCGCUACCUUGAGCUCGCUCUCAUCUCCUCAGCAACCAUCAGCUAUGGAGAACCAGAGUUUCAUGCAUAUGCUAACAUCGGCUAAGAAUGCACAGGAAGAAGAUUAUGACGAAGAAGAAGAAUUUGUUGUUAAGAAAGAGUCACCUUCACCUUCCAGAGUGAAAGUCGAUGGAAGAAGCAGUGAUCAGAAGCCAAAUACUCCACGCUCGAAGCACUCAGCAACAGAGCAAAGAAGAAGAAGCAAGAUCAAUGACAGAUUUCUGAAGUUGAGAGAGAUCAUCCCUCACAGUGACCAGAAGAGAGAUAAAGCAUCAUUCUUGCUUGAGGUUAUUGAAUAUAUUCAAUUCCUGCAAGAAAAAGUGCACAAGUAUGAGGGAUCAUAUCAAGGCAUGGAGAAUAAACCUUCAACAUUACCAUGGAAUAAGUUCCAUAGAUUGGCUCAAGGUUUCAUUGAUCAUUCCCAAGGCACAAACAGUGCAUCUAGUCCUGCACUUAUACAUGCUGCAAAGUUUGACGAGAACAAAAUUGGAAUCUCUGCUACAGGGCCUGCCAAUGUACAGAAACUGGAGCCAAUCAGAACUCCAAAUGUGAAAGAAAGCAGCCUGCUACCCGAAUUAACAAACAAGGCAGCAACACAUUGUAUGCGGCCAAGCACGUUUCCAUUUUGUGGAAAUACUAGCAUAGCAUCGCUACAGUCAAUACUGGCACCUGAUGCUGGCAUGUUGGAAUUGAAGUCUCAGUCUCAAUUUUCACUAAGCAGACCGAAUAUGACUAAUUAUGCUGUUACAAAUGACAAGCCAAAAGGUCAAGAGGUGUCUAUAGAAAGUGGUACAAUCAGCAUCUCCAGUGCCUAUUCUCAAAGGUUGUUGAACACAUUGAAACAAGCAUUGCAGAAUUCUGGUGUAGAUUUGUCACAAGCCGAUAUGUCAGUGCAAAUUGAUCUUGGGAAAAGAGCAAGUGAUAGAUUAAAUGUUUCAACGUCCAAUUUUAAGGGUGACAACAUUUCCACAAGCAAUCAACCAACUCCACAGUUCGUAGAUACAAGCACAAGGGAGGAGUCUGUCCAUGCCUUCAAACGGCUCAAAACAAGUUAAAAGCAAAUUUAACACUCAAGCAUUCUUUUGCAAAUGAUACAGUUUAAAGUUUUUCCUUCCCCUUCUAAUUCUGAAGGGAUAUUCAUGUCUACACCUGGCAUAGAAAAUCUCC